AUGGGUGGCUCUUCUGUCGAUCCUAAGAACGGAUUCUUCAUCGGAGAAUGGGGUUCUCUCGGCUGCCCUACUCCCCAGCGCAUCGCGACCUACUCUCUGUCGCCCAACCGUCAGCGCCCUCUCGCCGGUGCCUUUAACGCCGCCAUCUUCAACACCUUCCGCCGAUUCAGCGCUCAGGUCCUCUACGUGGCUCCCCCCUUCGUUGCCGCCUACGUCGCCAUGAACUGGGCCAUUGACAGAAACCACUACCUCAACUCCAAGCCCGGCCGUCUCGCCGAGGGUGGUGACGAGGAGUAA